UUUUUCAGAGUGACUCAAUAGAAUUUCCUCUGGGAACCAAAAAGGUUAUUUAAUCGUCAUGUGGCCACCAUGAAUGCAGUGGAAGCGACUCGGAAACUAGCCGGACAAAGAGCAAUCAAAAUAGGAAUUCAACUGAAAUUCCUGGAUACUGAAGAUAAACCUCGAGUAAAAGAGUUAUGCAGAAAGUUCUUCCCUAUUGAUUACCCUGAAAAGUGGUACAAUGACGUGACCUCUGACAAGAAGUAUUUUGCUUUGUCUGCAGUGUACAGAGGACUAAUAGUGGGGGUCAUUAUUGCAGAGGUCAAACCUAAAACUGCCCUCAACCCAGAUGACUCGGACAUAUUGGCGACCAGUUGUCCGGCUGGAUCUAAAGUGGCAUAUCUUCUCAGUCUGGGAGUGGAAGAUGAAUAUCGCGAGAAUGGAAUAGGCUCUCUGCUGAUGGACAGUCUGAUGACGGAGGUGAAGAGUGGAGAGAAGGACUGCAUCAAAGCAGUCUACCUGCACGUGCUCUGCGCCAACUCAGGCGCCAUCCAGUUCUACGAGAGGAGGGACUUCAUACAACACAAACGCAUACCAGCAUACUACAACAUCGACAAUAAGGCGGAGGAUGGCUUCUGCUACGUGAGAUAUAUCAACGGUGGCCAGCCUCCCUGGUCUGUGGCAGACUACAUGCGACAGGUGACGAGUGUGCUGACCAAACUGAACAGCUGCUCCACCACCAGUCACCAUCACCACCAUCAUCACUAUGUACAACGCCAGGCUAACCCUGCACAACGGGAGAAAGACACGAGCUCUAAACCUUGGCCUCUCUCGAAGUCGUCGCAGUCAAAAUCAGAAUCAGGAAACCAACAGUCCAAUCCAAACACGCCCCUCUCUGGAUCACCUCCGACCACGAAUUCAGUUCAGAGUUACGCAAAUGUGGUGCUGAACAAACUGCCUAGACUCCUCCCUACGUCAUUUCCACCCAAGAUAUCUUCGCUUUUCUCCUCAUCACAGUCCCAGCCUCAGAAAAGCACAGGAACAAGCGCAACCCAAAAUCAGAAAGGAGCCGAGACAAGCAUGAAAGGACGUUCAGUAGUUGCUAGUGACAGCGAAUCUUUAGAAGACAUAGUCGAAAACAGAGACGGCGAAAAACUCACAUCGGCAACGGGGGCAAAAUUCUUAUCUGUUCCUAAUUUUCAAGAUACCCCUGUAGACACCAGUGACUUGGAAAGACUUUCUUUAUUAGACAAAGAAGCAUCAGUUGAAAGUUUAACUGAGUUAUCGCCUCGUGUUUCUUUACUCUCAGCUACGAGUUCAAGUGAGGAGUUCCACGAUAGCUUGUCAUCUUUAUCACAACUUCACCUACCGAUGUCAAUGCCUCCGUUCUACACAGAUGAUAGCGCCGAAGAGGAUGAAACGUGUGAAAAAAUAACUAGAUCACCUUUACCACAGGGUCCAGAAUUGUUGAGUCCUCUGGAAGACCUUGAUUUAGCAGAACAAAUGUCGGAUCAUAUAGAAGAAGCAGACUGUCCUGAUCCCGAAUUCAUAGAAGCGCAGCCUAGAAAACAUCCAGGAAACAGGCUGAUAGCUAACGCCAUGAAUCCAGUUAAUUCACUCAUUGCCUCAACAAUGAAUCAGAAACGCAGACUAAGAGCCUCGUUUAGUCCUAUGAGUAGAAAUCAAAGUGGAGAUCACAAAAGUUGUCUCAAUUCUCUAGGAAAUAAGCAGAAUAAACAUUCUCAUUAUGCAGUCGAGAAACUGCAACAGAUGUCGACUAGAGUAUCAAGUACGCGAAAAGCGGUGAAGAUGAAGAGCGCAUUGACUAAAGGACUGGCAAGGAUCAAACCAGUAUCUCCAAGUAAUUUCUUAGAUGACGAGCAGGUAUUACAAAGUCGCUCGAACUCGGGAAGUGAUCAGGAUACUUCGUGGAACGCCGAUACUGAAGUUAAUACAUAACGAGUGUUAAACUAAUUAACAAAACUAUAGAACAGAUAGUUUGAACUGCAUACUUAAACUUGCUUUAGUUUAAAAUGAUAAUUAAUUAAAUUAAUUAUACGAGCGCGAUGGUUGGAGAACAA